GAGCUGUUACAGCAUUCCUCUCAUCUCCCUCGUUACAGUUACAGUUCUAUAUUCCUGCAAAGGUGCUGUACUUUUAUUUUCUGAAAUCAGCCGUUAAUACAAGACCCAAAAUGUACGGAGUUUCAUCCAAAUCCACGGCCGAGAAGAAGGCCGUCAUCAAGAACGCAGACAUGCCUGACGACAUGCAGUCCGACGCCGUGGACUGCGCUACACAGGCCAUGGAAAGGUUCAACAUAGAGAAAGACAUCGCUGCUUUCAUCAAGAAAGAGUUCGACAAGAAGUACACCACCACCUGGCACUGCAUCGUGGGUAAAAACUUCGGCAGUUACGUCACGCACGAGACCAAGAACUUCAUCUAUUUCUACAUGGGACAGGUGGCCAUACUGCUGUACAAAUCGGGAUAAUUUUUAAGUUCUGGAUAACAUCUGAUUCUGGUCUUGAGCUGCAGCUAGGCUCAUCCGCCAUCUUAGAACACUGACGGACACAAUGCAGGUGCAAUUGGGUCCACAGCAAACCAAUUCAGAUUGGCUUUGAA